AGCGACUAAGGCGGCGGAAAGUGCUGAGUGAAAACGGAAUCUUUCGUAAAAAAAAUUAUGGAGCUUGAAGUACUUGACGCUAAAACUACCAAGCCCUUUGGCAAGGUACAGGUAUCCUCACCCGCUACAUCCAUAAGCGAUCUGCGCGUGUUGAUUCACAAGGCAUUGAAGCAAACGCCGCAUGCCGAUCGCAUAUCGCUUCGCCUGGAGCCGCGUGGCAAGAGCUUGAAGGAUACGGACUCUGUGAAAUCGUUGAAUUUGGGCAAUGGCGAUAAGGUGUACAUUAAGGAUUUGGGACCACAGAUUGGCUGGAAGACCGUAUUCCUGGCGGAAUAUGCAGGUCCUUUGAUUGUCUACUUGAUGUUUUAUUUUCGGCCGGAGCUUGUCUAUGGAAAAGCAGCUGGUAACGCGAUCUCACUAACCACACAUAUCGCCGCUGGUUGCUAUACGGUGCAUUAUGUGAAGCGCUUGCUGGAGACAAUCUUUGUGCAUCGUUUCUCGCACAAUACGAUGCCAUUGCGCAAUCUCUUCAAGAAUUGCAGCUACUAUUGGGGCUUCACUGCCUACGUGUCCUACCACGUCAAUCAUCCUUUGUACACCUCACCCUGCAUGUGCACCGUUUGGGCUGCUCUGGCCGCCUUUGCACUCUGCGAAUUGGGCAACUUUUCGAUACACAUUGCUCUGCGCAAUCUGCGUCCUCCUGGCACCAAGGUGCGCAGGAUUCCUGUGGCCGAUAGCAAUCCAUUGACCAAGCUGUUCAACUUGGUCUCUUGCCCCAACUACACGUAUGAGAUUGGCGCCUGGGUGUCCUUCUCGGCGUUGACCUCCUGCUUGCCAGCAUAUCUGUUUGCCUUAGCCGGUGCAUUCCAGAUGACUGUGUGGGCUCUUGCCAAGCACCGCAAUUACAGGAAGGAAUUCAAGGACUAUCCAAGGGGUCGUCGCGCCAUUUUCCCAUUUGCCCUUUAAGUGGAAACCAGAAAAAUUACAGUUACAGUACCAUAUUCCAAUUCAUUAAUUAGAGUUAAUUAACUUUGCUAAAUAUAAUAAAUGGGUAGAAGACUUUUGAACUUUGCGCUUGCAAAACAAAAAAAAAAAA